AUGAACCGUGAAGAGUAUAUAGGUUUGGUUGUUGAAAUUCCCAACAUUGGUAGGGGCCAGAUUAGGUAUAUUGGCUCCGUUGAGAUGAAGGAAGGGAUAUUUGCUGGAAUUGAUCUGUACUCCGGUAAUGGCAAAAACGAUGGAACAUUUAAAGGUAGGAAGUAUUUUCAGACUACUUUCCCUAGAAGUGGACUUUUCAUACAAUGGGAGAAGGUCGCUAACCUCAUUCCGCAACAGUGUAACGGCGGAUCUAAUGGUAGGACAUUACAUUCACUUUCCCCUACACCGGUAAGAGGCAUGGGAAACCCCAUCCUCAACCAAGGAUCUGAACAUAGCCAGCAGCGUAAGACUUCUGUUACUGAACUUGGUCCAAGUUUCAGAGCGUCUACGGAGAAUUCCAGUAAGCUUAUCGAUACGGAUAGAAUGGAGGCAGAACUUUUCCAAUAUAAAAGAGUGGUCGAAGAUCAACGAAUAGUACUGGAAGAGAUUCAGGCUGCGAUUGAUGAAUACGAAACAAAGUUGGAAUCAACAGAAAGGGAAAAGUUAACGUUACAACGUCAAUUGGAGCAUGAAAGAGCCUCGCAUGAACGUCAAAAGCAGUUCUACGAAAAUGAGCAUGAUCAAUUACUUACUGUCAUUGAUGAACUACAAAACGAGAUAAAUAGAAACGCUGCAAUACUCUCCGAAAUUAUGGAAAGAGAAAAAAAUAUGGAUGUUGAUGUUAGAAAUGAACCAACUAACUAUGACAAUUCUCAAAAUAUGAUUGAUUCGUCGGUUAUAGAUGAUCUAAAAGCCCAACUACAUGAUUUGCAGCAAUACAAGAACCAGUCAGAGCUAUACAAGACUAAAUGGGAAAAGGAGAAGGAACAAUUAAAACUGCAUAACCAAUCUCUUUCGAAAGAGUAUCAAAGUGUGAGUAACGAACUAUUGGAAUGUCAAAAGAAACUUCACACAGGUGAGAAUAAACAAAACAGCUUAGAAAAGGAGUUAGAUGAAGCAAGAAAAACCAUUGAUUCCCUUCAAUCACAGUUACAAGUAAUGCAAAAGAAGCAAGAACAACAAAGUGUAAUGCAAAUAGAUGACAACAUGGAAACGCUGCCUCUGUAUAAUCCCAAUGUAGAACAAAAGGGCUCCAUAUCACUUGCAACUGCAGGUCGUUCACUAUGGUGUGCACUCUGUGAAAAAGAUGGACAUGAAUCAGUUGACUGUCCUUACGAUGACAAAUUCUUUUAA